UGAUUCGGUUUAAGCAUUAUUUAAAUUUGCCGUUGAACGUUCAGGAAUCGCAACAUGCUUCUAAAAUCACUUGUGUGUCUCGCUUUACUGCAAUGCGCAUGCACACUCAGAACUUACAGAAGUAAAAUUCCCAAUGGAGACUCUGUCCCGUACCCUUGUAAACCAAAUAACGUCUGGGAGGGGGUGGGUCACAUUCUGGACGAGGGGACCGGAGUCCGAAACUGGUUCGGGUUGGAUUUUCAGGACGCUGGACAUGCAUGGACAGAAGAUCUGUGCAGAAAAGAUUCAGACGGUGAUGGGUUGACCAAUGGUCAAGAGUUGGGUGAUCCUAACUGUACAUGGAAAGAGAACUCUAUUCCUGAAAGGAAAACUGGAUUAUCUCACCCUGGCAUCUGUGACCCGUGGGACUCCCCGUCCUGCCAGGCUAAGCCCGUCACCCACCCAGUGUACAAGACCCAGGGGGACUGGAUGAGAGAGGAGUGUAAGGCCCAGGAGUUUGUUUGUGUUGCCAAACAUGAACCAGGUGUGCAGAACCUCACCGUUCACCUGCCCAGCGACUCUCACGUCCCGCAGAAAGAGACCACCUACAUGUGCCAGAUCUUCGACCUGGACAGCUUGAUCACACCUGGGGAUUAUCACAUGAUCGCCGUAGAGCCGGUGAUUGACAACGUUUUUGUGGUGCACCACAUGGUCUUGUUCGGGUGUACAGAUAAAGCAGAAGCGACCAACUCGACAUUCGAGUGCGGCAUGGUGCCCUCCAGUAUCUGCCAGGAUUUGCUCAGCAUCUGGACCGUGGGUCUGUUCGGGGACUGCAGCCACCCCAGUGCAGGGGUCAGGAUAGGGGUCAACGGGUACAAGAGGAUCGCCUUACAGGUCCACUGGAACAACCCGGAAAAAAUCUCCAGCUGGACGGACAACUCGGGGUUGAGGCUAUUCUACACACCCAACAGGAGAACCUAUGACGCCGGCAUCCUGCUGAUCGGCUCCAACACAUUCGAGCUGCCCCCAAGACAGGCGUCUGUGAGCGUUAAAAGCACGUGCACGAAGGGCUGCACCAGCCAAUCGUUCCAGGGACCGAUUCACUUGACCAAGGCCUGGAACCACAUGCAUUACGCUGGUGUCCAGAUGAAUAUACAGUUGUUUAGGAACGACACAGCCCUGAUGUUUCUAACUGAUGACCCGGAGUACAGUUACGAUAGUCCCCAAGUCUACUCGUUCACCGACAACCCCGUCAUUCUCCUCCCAGGGGACGAAAUCGUGACCACCUGCACCUACACCACGGCCAAGUUAGACCACUCUGUUUUACAAGGGGAGGCAACAUCCGAGGAGAUGUGCUUCGGCUUUCUCAGUUACUACCCUAAAGAGAACGUGAACAAUCGGUUAUGUACCACUGGAGGCCCUGAUUUCAGCUACUGUGACCAGGCCCAGUGGGUAGGACGAGGAUGUCCAAACUGGCACGACUUCUACUCGGCGGACGUCAUCAAGUCCUCGGAGCUGUACCAGGGGCUGGUGGCCAACUGCAAGCCGUUCACGCCAUGCCUGCAGGAGUGUGUCCAGUUCAUCGUGCAGGCGACACAGUCCAGUGCCUGUCUACAGGGAGAUAACUUUAAGUUCAUAAAGAGAAAAAUACUCACCACAACAGCAGAGGGCCGUAAUAUCAUGGCCCUGAUGGCCUCAUGCCCUGUCGAAGUCUAUCUGGCCACCCACCCAGCGACCAACACCUUGACCACCACACCCACCAGUGAGGGUGGUGUGGACGCCGCUCACCCCGUCAGUGCCGGAGGUCUGAUGGUCAUCUUGUUGCCAGCUCUGGUACUCCUGCUGGGAAUAAACUAA